CUCUCCGUCCACUGGCCUUGACUUCCUGUAGCCACAGCCAUACGAGAGGAGACAUCUGGACGGCCCACCGCACCUCAAGCCUUCUUUCCGCAGCUAGAAAGACUUGAAUUGAACAAACAGAAGCACACGCCUACCUUCCUCAUGGCGACAGAAAACGGAGCAGUUGAGCCUGGAAUCCAGAGCCUGUCAACAGAACAAGCACCUAAGGGUGCUACAGAUGAAGGACCUCCGGCUGCAGCCGAGGAAGCCUCUGGCCCCUCAGACCUACAGAAAGAUCCUGACCCGUCCUCCCCGAAGAAAGACGCUGAAACCUCUGCCCCAGACAAAGAGGGUGCCCCGGCCCCACCCUCAGCCUGCAGCCAGGACCCCUCAGGAGAGGGAAAUGGGGACGGGGUGCCAGCUGAGGGCAGUGCCGGGCCUUCCGCAGCCCUGCCGCAGCCGACUGCCACGGCAGAAGUCAGUGUCCAGAAGCCCGAUGCCAGCCAGGCACCAUCAGACAGCCGUGGUCCUGGAGAGCCCAAAGUGGGCAAGACGGCAGCCAACGUCCCCGAAGCGGGCAGGAGAGCCUCACCUGCUUUUCUGCACAGCCCCAGCUGCCCUGCCAGCAUCUCAUGCUCGGAGAAGAUCCCAGUCGUGAAGCCCCCAAGUGAGGCAAUGGAUCUCAUCUUUGAAGGGGUGCCCACGGCCCCCACCCCCCCAGAUCCUGGGCCAGCCAAAGCAGAAGAAGAGAGGAACACCCUGGCAGAGAGCCAGAAGGAAGUGGCAGAGAAAGUCCCAGGCCAGGCUGGCCAGGCUGAGGUGCAAGGGGACACCUCGACGAGGAUCGAGUUCCAGGCUGUUCCCUCAGAGAGCGCAGAGGUGGGGCAGGCCCAAUGUCUCACAGCCAGGGAGGAAGACUGCUUCCAGAUUCUGGAUGAUUGCCCCCCGCCCCCGGCUCCCUUCGCCCAUCGCAUCGUGGAGCUAAGGACUGGAAAUGUCAACAGUGAAUUCAGCAUGAACGCAAAGGACACCCUGGGAGGUGGCAAGUUUGGAGCCGUGUGCACCUGCACAGAGAAAGCCACAGGUCUCAAGCUGGCAGCCAAGGUCAUCAAGAAACAGACUCCCAAGGACAAGGAAAUGGUGAUGCUGGAGAUCGAGGUCAUGAACCAGCUGAACCACCGCAACCUGAUCCAGCUGUACUCGGCCAUCGAGACGUCACACGAGAUCAUUCUCUUCAUGGAGUACAUUGAGGGUGGUGAGCUCUUUGAGAGGAUUGUGGAUGAGGACUACCAACUGACCGAGGUGGACACCAUGGUGUUCGUCAGGCAGAUCUGCGACGGGAUCCUCUUCAUGCACAAGAUGAGAGUCCUGCACUUGGACCUUAAGCCAGAGAACAUCCUUUGUGUCAAUACCACCGGCCACUUGGUGAAGAUCAUUGACUUCGGCCUGGCACGGAGGUAUAACCCCGAAGAGAAGCUGAAGGUGAAUUUUGGGACACCGGAGUUCCUGUCGCCCGAAGUGGUGAAUUAUGACCAGAUCUCUGACAAGACAGACAUGUGGAGCCUGGGGGUCAUCACCUACAUGCUGCUGAGUGGCCUCUCCCCUUUCCUGGGAGAUGAUGACACCGAGACCCUAAACAAUAUCUUGUCUGCCAAUUGGUACUUCGAUGAGGAGACCUUUGAGGCCGUGUCAGACGAGGCCAAAGACUUUGUCUCCAACCUCAUCACGAAGGACCAGGGUGCGCGCAUGAGCGCUGAGCAGUGCCUGGCACACCCCUGGCUCAACAACCUGGCAGAGAAGGCCAAACGCUGCAACCGCCGCCUCAAGUCCCAGAUCCUGCUUAAGAAAUACCUCAUGAAGAGACGCUGGAAGAAAAACUUCAUUGCUGUCAGUGCAGCCAAUCGCUUCAAGAAGAUCAGCAGCUCAGGGGCACUGAUGGCUUUGGGAGUCUGAGCCCCAAGAGCAGCUGAGCCUGGACGCAGCUACAGAGUGGUUGGGGCUUAAACCACACAGUCCAGAAGGCCAGAGAAAGCCCGCCAGAUCUCUGGGGUAGGCUCACCAGGACAAGGCUGCACCAGGCUGGGGAGGCUCGGGGCCCCCCACGUUGGAGAUGCUUCCCUCCUGUGAACUAGGAGUGUGGCCUGGCAUCCAUCUUGCUGCUUGCCUGCCUAGGCGGGCCUACUGUCGGUCAGCCACGCCUAGACUCUGAGGGCAUCCAGGCUGCUCCCUGUUCCCUCCCUAGUCCGC